GGCGGAGCUGGUCGGGAUGAGUGGCGGCGGGACGGAGGCCCCUGUGGGUCGUGAGACCCUCACGGGUGGCGGCAGCGGCAAGAAGAGGGACUCGCUGGGGACUGCGGGCUCAGCACAUCUCAUUAUUAAGGAUCUUGGAGAAAUUCAUUCAAGGCUUUUGGAUCACAGACCAGUUAUUCAAGGUGAAACUCGUUAUUUUGUAAAAGAAUUUGAAGAAAAACGUAAUCUGCGAGAAUUGCGGGUUCUUGAAAACCUAAAGAACAUGAUCCAUGAAACAAAAGAACAUACUCUUCCCAAAUGCAGAGAGACAAUGAAGGACAACUUGGAGGAAGUUCUCCAGAGAUUGCAAGCUGCUAAUCAAGCUGUGUGUAGACUCCAGCAGAGGGAGCAGGAACGGAAAAAGAUGUAUCAUGACCAUUUAAUAAGUAGUGAGAAACAGCAUCUACUCCAAUGGGAGGAUUUCAUGAAAGAACAACCUUACAGACAGACCCAGGUGGACGAAGAGCACAGAAGAGCCAUGGAGAGGCUUAAAGAGCAAUAUGCCGAGAUGGAGAAGGACCUUACAAAGUUUUCCACCUUUUAAGAACUUGAACAACAGCAAGACAAACAAAUGAGAAGACAUUGACUUUCCCUCAAAUACACAACCAGCUGUCUACCCUUUGCUUCACGCUUAGCAAUACAUUCAGGGACACACUGCUGUAGAGAGCCCAAUCAGAUGUCCUGUUUUAAGUGCCUAUCUAUGAUCAUUAAAAAGAGGAGGGAAAAUAGGAUAGAUUCACUCUGUGGUAAUCAGAAUUGGUCUUUUCCAAUGAUUAGUUGAGAGAACUGCAAGUAUAGACUUCUUAGAGAAUCCAUUGUCACACAGGAUUACAGGGUUCAUAUGAAUUUGUGGCUUAAAAAGCUGGUAUGAAUUACAUGCUGGUGGCUCAGGCCUGUCAUCCUAGCUGCUCAAGAGGUUGAAAUCUGAAACCCAAGGUUCAGAGCCAGAUGGCACAGACAAGUCUUUGGGACUCUUACCUCCAAAUAACUAGCAAAAAGCCAGAAGUGGACCAUGGCUCAAGUGGUAGAUGGCCAGCUGUGAGCGAAAAUGUCAUGAGAAUGCAAGGCACUGAGUUCAGGCCCAAGCACCAACACAUACACAAAAGGAGUUAUGGGAAGGGCAAAAAAAUGAGGUAUGGUAGCUACUGCCUCCGUUGCUAUGAGAGAUAAGAAUGCUUAAAAGUAUUAGCUCAUGAGUAAUGUGAACAAAACAAGAGCAAAAACAAGUUGGCCUUGGAGCAAGAACAAAUAAAAAAGAGUCCAAAUAUUGUCCCUCCCAUGGCAAAGGUGUGAUGGUCUUUGAACUACCUAUUGGGGAAGCUUGCAGAUUUUCCAGUGCAGCACAGUGCUGGUGUUUCAUUGAACAAGACAUUUGUGUUCUGUGGCCUUCUCACCCUUAAUAUUUUCAUCUUACAAAACACAGGAGGAAAUGCUUACCAAAAAUAUUUUUUACUUGUAGCCUUUCCAAGAACCAUAGUCUUGCCCAUAGUAUUUACCUCAUUUUUGUGUCUGUUUUGCUGUGGGUAAGCUUCAUAAGGCAAAAAAUGUCUCUACGUAUUUCAGCUGUUUAAUGAGUAAUCAGCAAAAUCUGCCAAGUCGUCUCUUGGGAACCAUAUAAAGAUUCUGGCUGUGAAUGAACCAGAAGUGUUUGCCCACAUGGCAAAUGAUCCGUGUUAAAUGUAAAUCCUUUUUAGUGUUAAUGUCUGUUCUCAUAAGCAGGUGUAUUAUGAUGAAACAGUCCCAAUUCUGUUAGCACUGUGAUCUUUAAAAAUCCACAUUUGAACACAAAAGCACAGCAAUAGUGCCCAGGCCCUGAAUUCAAACCCCAGGACUGGCACGUGUGCGUGUGCAUGCUAGCGCGCACGCACACACACACACACACACACACACACACGCACGCACGCACACGAACAAAAUAAUACACAUUGAACACCUAGUUGAAGACCUAAGCUGCUUUACAUGCAGUCAUUUCAAUAGAGUUAUUGUAAAUUAAUUUGAGGUAUGGAUAAAUCUUCAUAAUAUUUUUAUUGCUCUUCAGUUAAAAAAAAAAAGGUACGAGGGAGGAAACUGUCCAACUCUCUUGUGUUAUCUCAGUGUUGCAACUGGAGAAAAGUGACAAUGCUUGCCUGUGUAAAUUUAUGGCCCACUGUCAAAGCUUCAUUCUUGGAUGCAUGUUGAAAAUGUGAUUAAAGUUAAUAGAGGAGAUGAAAUAAGUAUUGAGAUUUCUUUCAAUAACACUGAACUUCUGCCAACUUUCUCUGUCUGCUACUGUAGGCUUGACAGGUUCAUCAAUCAUCCUCUGGUACCUGGACCAAAAAGAGUACUUGCUGACACUGAGGCAUGUUGGAAUUUUCUUAAUUCUCUUUCCAUGGAUGGAAAAAGAAAUACUUCCAAAAAUAUCCCACACAUGAAAAGGGAGGGGAAUUGUAAAUGAAAAUUCCCUUUGUAUGAUGGGCACUCUUGGAAUGCCAUUAAUUUCCACCAUACCAUCAAACAGAUGCUGUAACUAGGACCUGGGGAUAGUAUACAUGAGCAGGAGUGAGUCUGUGCCUACUCAGUUUUGUGUCCUGAAGAUUUCUGAUCCUUUGUGUUCCUUCAUAUUCCUCACUUGAAUAAUAAACGUUUUUCCCUAUAAGUUUGUAUAGUUAUAUAAAGAAU